AUGAUGGAGCCGCUCAAGUUUGCGCCUUGGACGUCGGAAAUUGACCUAGGCUUCUACUCGGCCCUUGGGAAUCUCAAGCUCAAUCAUGAUCGACUGGACUCGUCGGCGCGCAGGGUUCUGGGUGUCUACCAGAUCCAGACAAAGGACCCGCCAGAGCGCUCCGCCCGCAUGCAGGUCCACAACCAGGCCUUGACCCAAGACCAUGUCCCUGCCGGCUUCUAUCGUGGCGAAGGCUACAUUCGCAACUUCAACACCAUGGACGAGUACAAGCAAGUCGACAAGGCCGCCCACAUCGAACGCGCCGGCCGAACCAUCUGGGACGCCAUUAACGAUGGAACAAUCUUCUCGUGUCCCUCAUUGCUAUCAUCGUUCUCAGCCGUCUGCUAUGCCGACCUCAAGAAGUUCAAGUUCACCUACCAAUUCGCAUACCCAGCCCUGCACUCAGACCCCACAUGGUCGUGUUCAAGUGCUCAGAAAAUUACACCAAAGGAAACAGUAGAAUUAGUCGACAAGGUACAGACUUGGAGGUACAGUGUGGACACAAGACAGCAUGGGUUCUUCCUGGCCAAGAAGAUCAGAGGGAACGACCUGGACGACGACCUUGAGUCACAUACCCCACUCGACGAACCCGAUGACCGAGACUUUGAGCACGACCGCUCCCAACCUUCUGUCGACACACCAGACUACCGCUGGAAGAUUGGCGCUCUAGCCAACUAUGAAACUGGCUUCUUCAACAAUGUCGACCCUGAUGAUCAAUACAUCUGUUUCGCCGACCCUUCAACGUUCGAGGCAAACCCUGGCUGGAUGCUGAGGAACCUGCUCGUCCUUGUUCGUCAGCGAUGGAGGCUCCACAAGCUGCAAAUCAUGUGCUAUCGCGACACACACGCUCGACGAGAGCAGCCACACAGCAUCUUCUUCAAGGCAGAGUCUGUCAAGCCUACCGAAGGCGACCACUCUGCAACUUUUCCUACAAUGCCUGAAGCUCGCGACUCGUCGUCAUCCUCGCCCACACCGAGGUCAAUACCACCAGCAGAGCGUGGUCCCAUGCCCAAGAUUACGGGCUGGGAGCGAGACACAAGGUCUAGAAACUCUUCUCGCACCAUAGACAUGGGCGCAUACAUGGACCCUACUCGUCUUGCCGAUCAAGCCGUCGACCUGAAUCUGAAGCUCAUCAAGUGGCGCAUUGCGCCAUCAAUCGAUCUCGACAUCAUCAAGGACACCAAGUGCCUUCUGCUAGGUGCAGGUACGUUGGGCUCUUAUGUCGCACGCAAUCUUAUGGGUUGGGGUGUCAGAAACAUCACUUUCGUCGACAAUGGUAAAGUCAGCUACAGCAAUCCUGUGCGACAGCCCCUCUUCAACUUCGACGACUGUUUGAAGGGCGGUUCCCCUAAAGCCGAGACGGCUGCCCAGGCACUAAAGCGCAUCUACCCAGGUGUCAAUGCUGCCAGCCAUUCGCUAUCAGUGCCAAUGGCCGGACAUCCCAUCAUGGACGAGAAGAAGGUGAAAGCCGACUUUGACCAGCUACAUCAGCUUAUUGCAGACCACGAUGCCAUCUUCAUACUCAUGGAUACACGCGAGUCACGUUGGCUACCAACUGUCAUGGGCAAAGCAGCAGGCAAAAUCGUCCUCAACGCUGCUCUUGGUUUCGAUUCGUAUAUGGUCAUGAGACACGGUGUAACCUCACAGUCAGAAAAGGAGCAAUUAGGUUGUUACUUCUGUAACGAUGUCGUUGCGCCUGCCAAUUCGCUAAAGUCCGCUACGCUCGAUCAGCAGUGUACUGUCACUCGUCCUGGUGUCGCAGCCAUUGCAUCAGCACUGGCGGUCGAGUUGUUUGUCUCAAUAUUGCAACAUCCGGAUAAGGCAGCAGCUUCUGCUCCUCCAGUGAACAAACCACAAGCUCAGCACCCAGACCACCCGCUAGGCAGCGUGCCUCACUCGCUCCGCGGCUUCCUCACUGAUUGGCGUACCCUUACUAUCAGAGGGCAAGCAUAUGACUGCUGCUCAGCCUGUUCACCCACGAUACUUUCGCUUUACAACAGUGAAGGCUGGAGUUUCGUCAAGCGAGCGAUUAACGAGAAGGGCUAUGUCGAAGAAGUAUCUGGUUUGGCAGAGGUCCAGCGACGAGCUGAGGAGUUAGAUAAUGAUGUGGAUUGGCAGAGUGAAGGAGAGGAAGACAAUGAAGAGGCUGAGAUGAUUUAG